AUGCCCCUCCUGUCCAUCCCCUGGAACGCGAAGACCGGAUUGGCGGUGGCUGUUGGCUCCGGCGUCCUCACCUGCCUGCUUGGCUGGCUGGCCGGGCCCAUGGCGCCGAUCAUCAACGACGUUAGCACGGACCUGGAGAACCCGCCGGCGUUCACCACGGUCCAGGUGGGGGAGCUCAGCGCCGCGUUCAAGGCGCUCAUCAGGGCGCACUACCCAGACCUGCAGCCCCAGGUGUUUGACUCCAAGGACGUGCCCAAGGUCUUUGAGACUGCUGUCCGCGUGGCCAAAGCUCAGCGGCGCUGGACGGUGGUCAAGGAAGAUGCUGCCGCUGGCACGGUGGAGGGCUACAGUGUGACGCAGCUGAUGCGCUUCAAGGACGACUGGGUGGUGCGGGUGGCCGAGCUGCGGGGGGGCGGCGCGGUGGUGGACAUGCGGUCCAGGAGCAGGCUUGGGAAGGGCGAUUUGGGAGCGAACGCAGCUAGAAUCAGGACGUUUCUGGCAGCGCUGAAGGGCGAGCUGGAGGCAGAGUGA